AUGUUUGGGAAACAAGACAAAAUGGACGUUAGAUGCAGUUCAGAGACUGAAGCUAACCGGGUGUCGAAGAACGGACAUAAAGAGGGCAAGGAAAGCAAAGGGUCUGAAGGAAAUAUUUCUACUUCUUUUUUGAAGGAUCAGCAAGGGACUUUUUCUGCCUCUGCAGCUACGGAAGACUGUAAUAAAAGUAAAUCUAGUUCGGCUGAUCCGGACUAUUGCAGGAGGAUCCUAGUUAGAGAUGCCAAAGGUUCAAUCAGAGAGAUUAUUCUGCCUAAGGGGCUUGAUCUGGACCGUCCCAAGCGGACCCGCACCUCCUUCACGGCCGAGCAGCUCUACCGCCUGGAGAUGGAGUUCCAGCGCUGCCAGUACGUCGUGGGGCGGGAGCGCACCGAGCUCGCCCGCCAGCUCAAUCUCUCCGAGACUCAGGUCAAGGUCUGGUUCCAGAACCGCCGCACCAAGCAGAAAAAGGACCAGGGCAAGGACUCCGAGCUGCGGUCGGUGGUGUCCGAGACCGCCGCCACCUGCAGCGUCCUGCGGCUGCUGGAGCAAGGCCGGCUGCUCUCCCCGCCGGGGCUGCCCGGCCUCCUCCCGCCCUGCGCCACGGGGGCCCUGGGCUCGGCGCUGCGCGGGCCCGGCCUGGCCGCGGGCAGCGGCAGCGCGGCGGCGGCGGCUCCGGCCGGCGGCUCCCCGCACCCGCCGGCCGCCGGCAGCGCGACCGGGCCCCCCCCGCCCGCUGCCCUGCAUGGGGCGGCCGCCGCCGGGCACGGGCUGUUCGGGCUGCCGGUGCCCGCGCUGCUGGGCUCGGUGGCCGGACGGCUGUCCUCCGCGCCCUUGGCCGUGGCCGGCUCGCUGGCGGGCAACUUGCAGGAACUGUCGGCCCGCUACCUGAGCUCGUCCGCCUUCGAGCCCUACUCCCGGACCAACAAUAAAGAAAGCGCUGAGAAAAAAGCACUGGACUGA